UUGAUUUUGCGAGUUGAGAAAGUAGAACGUUGGGAAGCAUUUGUCAUAUUAUACCUCUUUGUCUAGAGAAAGAAGGUCACAGUGUACGCAGUAACCAUGGGGUCUAUAAUGGGAAAAGCUAUGGAUGAGAACUUGAAGAAAAACCAGGAGUUCAUGCUGAAAGUCAACCAGCUAACAUUGGAGAGGCAGAUACAAAUGCAGAAUCAGAUGAGAGAAAGGCAAAUGGCUAUGAUGGUGGCUCGAGGAAGAGACAUAUUCCAGUGGUUUGGGGCAUUUUAUGGCACAUAUGCAUCUAUAGCAAUUCUAGCGACUAUGAAAACAAAAGGGAAAAGUAAAGGUUUGAUAGCCCCUUUGCUUCCUCUGACCUUCAUAUUAGGAUACCAGUAUGACCUUGCCUAUGGAUCAAAAAUGGAAAGGAUGAGACAGGAAGCUGACAGAGUACUGGAUACAGAAUCCUAUCUGCUGGAUCUCCCACAUGGUCUCCCAACAUUUAAAAGCAUAGAGGCAGGCAGACUGAAGGCAAAGGAUGCAAGUCGAGUCAACCAAGGCCAUGAUAUAUUCCUGGAUUCUUGUAAAGAACAAGUACAUGGGUAUAGUGGUGCCAGGUACAAAAAGUUCAGCACAGCUGCAGAAGCUCAGGCUUUUGUAGAUGGGAGUGACAGUGGAGGGAGUUCCAGUUACUGUAGAGGUUACUCAAGUUACAGUGGGGGAUACUCAAGUUACAGCAGCUCAGGCAACUCAGGAUCCAGUUCUACCGAGACUGAGGAUGAUCAUGUGUACACAGAUGGCUGUUGUCGUAAUAAUGGCCAGAAGGGUUCCGUGGCUGGUAUAGGAGUUUACUGGGGACCAGAUCAUCCAUGUAAUGUGAGUGAGAAAUUGCCAGGAAGGCCAACAAACAACAGAGCAGAAAUACAUGCAGCAAGAGUUGCUGUGAAACAAGCAAAAGAAAGGAAGAUGAGAAGUGUUACUGUUGUGACAGAUAGCCAGUUUCUCAUCAAUGGAAUGACAUCUUGGAUUCACAGUUGGAAGAAAAAUGGAUGGACAUUGUCAGACAAAUCCAAAGUAAAGAAUGUAGAGGAUUGGAAAGCAUUAGAUGCUGAGAUGAAAGACAUCAAUGUCAAAUUUAAGCAUGUACGAGGUCAUACAGGGGUUGAUGGAAAUGAAGAGGCUGAUAGGUUGGCCAAUGAAGGAGCCAUGAAAAAUGCAUCAAGGACUGGAAAAUCGUGGUUCUAGUGAUGCUGAAGGGAAAUUUAAAAAGUCUAUACAAAAACAUGUGAUUUGUAGGUCCAGAUUGACUGAGCAAUCGCUUUUCUAUCUAUUUGUGCCAAGUGCAGAAUCUGAUGCGUGAUUCUAUAACUCAUAAGUCUGUAUAUAUUACAUUGCGGUGCUGAUUGUUACAUUGUUAAUAUGUUGUUAGAAUGUAUGUUUUAAUUCAUCUGUAGUUUAGAUUUAGAACUUAGCUUACUCUUGCAUAAUGAUGUCUGCAGUGUACAUAUUUUGAAUCUGUUCAAUUUAUUGAAUAAAUUGUUUCCAUCACA